GGACCUUGGUUUGAGCUCCCCACCUGCAAGGGUGAGUGGUGAAGCAAGUCCUUCAUGAGUGAGCAAGUUCUCCAGGUUUCUAUCUUUCUAUCUCCUCCUCUCCUCUCAUUUUUUCCCUCUCUGUCCUAGAAAAUAAAAUAAAAAUAAAAAAAAAAAAAAAAGGAAAAUGGCCACCAGGAAUGGUGUUUGUAUUAAAUCCAUUGACUAAUAAUUCAUACUGUUUCAAGAAAGCCCAAUUCAAGGGAAAUCCUAUAAUCCUUUAUUUUCUAAAAACUAAAAGAAAUCAUAAUAACAAAGAUAAAAUAGACAUUAGACUGAGUCACAAAGCUUUUAGAAACUCCUCUCCAGCAUUCUGACCUCCAUUUGUCAGUGAUGUCAUAAUGGUAAUAUGUGUACUCAACCAGAUGUGCCACUACCCAGCCCCCUCUUAUGUCAUAAAGUAUAGCUAGUUAUAGGACCUGGGCAACAGAAAGGAAACUUGUGGAGACAUUGUAGGUUACUGGAUAAAUGACAUAAUUUUCCAAUGACUCUCAUGUUGUUUAUUUUUUUAUCUGGAGUUUUAACCUCAAAAAUUACUAAUUUGACUAUUCUUCAAGAUGAGUCUGAUGUGAUGCCAUAUAUUCCUGGAGAAGUAGGUAAUGAGCAGACACAUGCAAGUGAACAAGCAUCAGGUCAAGAUCAAGUACAAAAAGAAAAACAAGUGGCAAGUGAGGAAAGUGAACCUAAAGCAGAAACAGCACAAAGUCAGGAAGUAACACAAGAUCCAGAGGAAGGAGAAAGGGAUGAUAAUUUUGAUGAGAAAAAUGGUCAUUCUUACAAAGAUGUCAAACACUAUACAUUUACAACAAAAAAUUCGAAUGGUACUGAUUCUGAAGUAUCAGUGAGAGCAACAACUGAUCUGAGAUUUGCUUUCAAAAACUAUAAAUCCAUCAAUGGAUCUCAACUUUCUGGACAACACAAUCCUAAAGAAAAUCCUAAAGAAUCCCCUGAAAAUAAUCUUCCAAAGUCAACCCAGCGUCCAAGUGAGUCUGACUUUUGGACCAAGUUAGCUCAAGCUUUUAAUCAAACAACCCAGGAUACUGCGAAUGAAAGAAAUGAAUUAUUUCAACCAAUUCCAAGCUCUGAUGUGACUUCUGCAGCCACAGGAAACCCAGAGAAGCUAGAGAAUACCAAAUUAAAAUUAAUGCUGGGAAUUUCAUUGAUGAGUCUCUUACUUUUUGUCAUUCUCUUAGCAAUCUGUAGUGCAGUUUUGUACAAAAUGAAGACAGCAGAUUUGCAAAAGCCGAGUCAUAGUGAAUACUCCAUCAAUCCUGAGCUGGCUGCUAUGUCAUACUUUCAUCCAGCAGAAGGUGUAUCAGAUACCUCCUUUUCUAAGAGUGCUGAGAGCAGCACAUACUGGGCCACCACUUCUACAGAAGUGAGAAACUCAGGCACAGGAGAGUCGAAGUCUAAAACAGAUAUGAUUUCCACAGCCUCAGAUGAAAUAUGCGUGGCUGAUGAGGCAGACUUACCUCAGAGUGAAGAUCCUUGUGCGGACUUUCAAACAGAGGAAUAGACAACUUAUUUUGUUAUAGAAGAAACAUUUGUGACUCUUAUUAAUGUCACUAUUUGGAGACUGCAGAGGUGUUUAAAUUUUCUAGUGUCUUAAGAGGAAAGCAGUCAAUAAAAUACAGCUAGCAACACUUCAUAGAAAAAAAUACAAGGAAAUGAUUUAAGGUAUCGAAAAUUCAUCAAGUAAAAAUUACCCUUCAGAGUGAUUUGUGGAAAACAUUCA